CCGCCCUCCGGCUGCGCGCUGGCUCUGGGCCCCUCUCUCCCGCCCGCGCGCGGCCGGCCGAAGCCGCGCCCACCGCCCAGAGCCAGAGGGAUGGUGGUAGUCACGGGGCGGGAGCCAGACAGCCGUCGCCAGGACGGUGCCAUGUCUAGCUCCGACGCCGAGGACGACUUUCUAGAACCGGCCACCCCGACAGCCACGCAGGCGGGGGAAGCACUGCCACUGCUGCCCCAGCAGUUUCCUGAGGUUGUCCCGCUCAACAUCGGCGGUGCUCACUUCACCACCCGCUUGUCCACGCUGCGGCGCUACGAGGACACCAUGCUGGCAGCCAUGUUCAGUGGGCGACAUUACAUCCCCACCGACGCAGAGGGCCGCUACUUCAUCGACCGGGAUGGCACGCACUUCGGGUAUGUGGCUUCCCACACUCAGUGCCCUCGUCCUGGCAAAGAUGUGCUGAACUUCCUGCGCUCGGGGGACCUGCCGCCCCGGGAGCGAGUGCGGGCUGUGCACAAGGAGGCCCAGUACUAUGCCAUCGGGCCCCUCCUGGAGCAGCUGGAGAACAUGCAGCCGCUGAAGGGCGAGAAGGUGCGCCAGGCUUUCCUGGGGCUCAUGCCGUAUUACAGAGACCACCUGGAGCGGAUUGUGGAGAUCGCCCGGCUGCGUGCAGUCCAGCGGAAGGCCCGCUUUGCCAAGCUCAAGGUGUGUGUCUUCAAGGAAGAGAUGCCCAUCACCCCCUACGAGUGCCCCCUCCUCAACUCCCUGCGCUUUGAGCGGAGCGAGAGUGAUGGGCAGCUCUUUGAGCACCACUGCGAGGUGGAUGUGUCUUUCGGGCCCUGGGAGGCUGUGGCUGACAUUUACGACCUAUUGCACUGCCUGGUCACGGACCUUUCAGCCCAGGGCCUCACUGUGGACCACCAGUGCAUCGGGGUGUGUGACAAGCACCUCGUCAACCACUACUACUGCAAGCGCCCUAUCUAUGAGUUCAAGAUCACGUGGUGGCAUGGCAGUCUUCACUUAAGGCCAAUGGAGUCCAGUGAGGGUGUCGCCGGAAGUCCAGAGAAGUUUUGUCACCUUGACCUCAAAGGAGAGAUUUGCACACAGAAGCACAGUACCAAGGUAGCACGGCCCCUUCCUCUGUCCGUCCUGGCAUCUGACCUGUGCUCAGUGAGUCAGUGUGAACUGGCGUCGGUGGAGGAUGUGUCCAAGUAGCCACCCUGCAGCCCCCAUCUGAAGAAAGGUGGGUCCCGUUCCUAGGCAUCCCUUGGCCCCCAAGAGCAGUCCCCCGUGCUGUCUGCAGAGAAUGUACUUCCCCGUCUUUUAGAGAUCUAACAUAGUGAACAAAGCCGGGACCGGGUUGGCCUUAGAAAACCACAGUGCUUACAGCUGUGCCGAGCUCCAGGCGGGUCAUCUUCCACAGGGCUGGAAAGACGCAGGGUCUUCCCAAAGGUUCCCCAGUGCUGGCAGGCAAGACGGCGCAGCCCUCUGCUAUUCUGAAGUCACAUCGUUUUUAGAGGCUCAGAACACCUCAUUGCCUGCCAUGUUGUACGAUAGGAUCCAGUUUACAGUGAACCUUUCAAAGGGACUCUGCGCUCUUGCUCUGUUCUGCCACUGCCCUCCUGCUCAGAGGUUCCUGUCCUGAGAAAGUAAAGGAAGAGCCAGGAGUCCUAGGAAGACCGCAGCAAGCCUCCACUGUGUUUUACUUCCCAUAUUUCAGAAAAACCUCCAAAACCGUCUCUUCUACUGCAUUUCCUUUUUGCUCUGUGUGCAGCUGGUCAGGGUGUGGACAAGCAGUGCACCGCAUCUCUGGUCAGAACAGAACGUUUCCAUGCUGCAGUAAGGGUUUCCUGUGUUACCACGGUCUCGCCGGACCAUUCCUGGGUGGUUCUGAAGGGAGGAGUUUGUAUCUAUAGGCACAGUGACGUGUCCAGUUCUCUAGCUGAGGGAAGCUGAGGCAGGGGGAUCACGUGAGCCCACAAGGCCAGUUCUGGUAACGGGGAGAGGUGAGAACAGCAACACUGACCUCAGUGUAACAGAGCAGAUAGGUAAGGGACCAGGGGAGCUGAGUACAGGUGUGUCGAGAGGGAGAAAGGCCAGCGUCUGGGACCACCUGGAUUGCUCCCUGGGCUGGAACAGAGGUGGGGACAGAGGUCCAUGAGGAAAGAACCAUCGGUACCCACCCUUGUUGUGUCCCUUCCCUUGUUCUUGACGUCCCUGCUUGGCACAUUUCUCUAUGACAGGACCCCUGCCUUGUUCUCACAGAACUUUUCAUUCAGGUUUCUUUGGUUCCUAUUACCCAUUGUCUCAUAUAUGUUCCUUCUCUUUUCUUGGGUAAUACAAGGUUUCUCUAUGCAGACCAAGCUGACCUUGUAGCCCAGACUGGCCUCAAACCUGGCACAGUCCUCCUGCCUCAGCCUCCUGAGUGCUGGAAUUACAAAUGUAUGUGACCACACCCAGCAUUUCUCUUUGGUGGCGAGGGGUUAUGUGUUCAUUUUCUGACAGACUUGACUUCCUGGAGGAGGAUGUCCACAAGUCUGCAGCAGAUAGCUAGGCCCAGGGCUUUCUAUCUGGCUUCAGCCUCAUCCUCAGCCUGGCCCUCAUCAUGGUAACUGGCCAUUCAGAGUCCAUGUGUGCACAACAGGGACAGAGCUGGCUCACAGAGUACAGCUUUGCUCAAGACACGGGAUCUUGGAGCUGCGGAGAUAGCUCAGCGGCGUAAGUGCCUGCCUGGCAAGCACAAGGUCCUCAGUUCAGUCCCCUGUAAUCACAAAGAAAAAAAGAAGAAGAAGAAAAAAAACAAACCCCACAGGCCCUGAAAGCUUGACUCCAAAGGGUCUUAGGAUGCUAAACAAGGACAAUGUCCCUGUGCCUCUUGGUGGAGAUUCCCUCUGUUCCUAUGUCAUCUCACUGCCUGUGAGGUGGAGAGGGAACAGUGACAGUGGGCUUUGGAUCUCACUCUGAACCUUCCCCUCCUCUCUGUUUCUCCCUCCCUUUUUUCCUACCUCCCCGCACCUCCUGUUCCUUGCUCGUUUUGCCUCACUUAGAGACGGUGUGUCACCGGUGGGGCCGGGCUGGUUUCAAGCUCCUGGGCUCAGGCCAUCCUCCAUCCUCAGCCUCCUGAGUGCUGGGGCUGUAGACACUGUUUCUGCUGUGUUUGUCCUUCUUGUUUUUAGUUCUACUGCGUUCUUCCUUUGCUCUUUGUAUCCUAACAUUUGUGGGUAUUGGAGCAGAAUAUGUACUGAAUCCCCUUGUCAAAAGAUUUUUAUAGAGAAAGAACAAGCCCCCUUCUUUACCCAGAAUACCUCUACUUUUUUGUGACAACGGGAGCUUUUCUUUAUACUGAAAAAUGUAUUUAUGACAAGUCUUCCUUUAACUAGUGGGACAGAAAUAUGAAGGAACACAUGCUGUUUGAGGGAUUCACCAGCCCACACUCUUAUUUACCCUCUAACCUGCUCUGCCCUCUUUGAGCUCUUCUGCGUAGAGUAACAGAAUUCAGUGGCCUCGUUUGGCCCCUUUGCAGAAAAGCCAACAGGCUGAAAUGUGCUGUUGGAUGAGGUGCUUUGUGAUGGCUUCCAAAUAAAGCGAUCAUCUCUGCA